GGCCGCCAUCUGUCCAAAAAAUGGCCGUCAGCGCCCAAUCCAAGGCGAGUUACGCGGCCGCCACGCUUCUGAGGGGCGGAAGCGGCUGGGCGGUGGCCUUGUCAGGACGCCCCCGCGCAUUCCGCUACAAAGUGUCGCCUUGUCCUACGCGACUUGUUGGGGACUCUCGGAGCCUUUGCUUGGCCUCCAGAUUGGGAAGAAGGAGCCAUGUGUUGGCCUCAGCUGUAGGCCUGCCUCGACGCAGCAACCAGGAUGUUCUGGAGCUUGACCAGGCUCCCUCACAGCCCAUCCCAAAGCCAUGGGUGAUUCCGGUCCCAAAGGGGAUCCUACAGUACAUCUUUGGGACCAGCCAGGUGUUCAGGAACUUCGAUGAUAUAAAACCAAAGUCCACGGGGUUACCAGUGCUCCUCAAAAUCAAGGAGUACUACCAACAAGGCCAUCGGUGCUUGGAGCAAGAAGACUGGGAGGUGGCCGUGCUGUUCUUCUCCCGAGCCCUCCACCUGGACUCCCAGAUGAUAGAGUUCUAUGCCUUAAGAGCCGAGGCCUACAUCCAGCUCUGCGACUUCUCCUCGGCCGCCCAGAACCUACGCAUGGCCCACGCCUCCCAGCCAGACAACACCAACUACCUGGAGCGGCUCACCUUGGUGCUUUACCUGAAGGGCCAGUGCCUCUUCGAGCAAUGUGCCUUUCUGGAUGCCCUGUCUGUCUUCUCCCAGGCAUCUGAGCUCCAGCCUGAGAAAGCCUGCUUCCGUUAUCGAUGCAUGGCCUGUCUCCUGGCCCUCAAACGGCAUCACGAAUGCUUGGCAUUCGUCACCAAGGAGGUGAAACAUGGCACCACCAAUGCCGAUGUCUACAUCCUGCGAGCCAGGCUCUACAACUUCUUCCACAAGCCCAAGCUCUGCUAUCAAGACCUACACAGUGCCUUGCUCUUGGAUCCCAAGCACCCACAGGCCAAGGUGCUGCUCAAGGUGAUGGUGGGCCAGGCCCAGCAGGCCCGCCAAGAUGCAGGGAUCCUGGCCGUGCAGGGCAAGCUGCACCACGCACUGCACUGCAUCAACUGUGCCAUCGAGAACAACCCUUUGGACCCCGGCCUCUUCCUCUUCCGGGGCACCACGUACCGCCGGCUCCGGGAGUUCGACGCCGCCGUGGAGGACCUCCUGAAGGCGCUGGACAUGAUGACCGAGCACCAGGAAGACCUGAUGCAGCAGGCGCAGCGUCAGCUGCUGCUGGCCUACAACGACUUCGCGGUGCACUGCUACCACCAGGGCGCCUACCAGGAGAGCGUGCAGCUGCUCAACAAGGCGCUCAAGGACGAGCAGCAGGAGAAAGGCCUCUACAUCAACCGCGGCGAUUGCUUCUUCCAGCUUGGCAACCUGACCUUUGCUGAGGCGGACUACCAGCAGGCGCUGGCACUGAGCCCGAAGGACGAGGGCGCCCACCUACGAAUGGGCCUGCUGCAGGAGAAGCUGGGCUUCUGGGAGCAGAGGAGCAGGCAGUUCCAGAAGGCAGAGAAACACUUCUCAAUGGCCAUCCAGCACAAUCCCCAGAAGCCCCAGUACUACCUGUACCGCGCCAGGAGCCGGCAGUUCACCCAGAACAUUUUUGGGGCCCGCCAGGAUGUUGCCACUGUUCUGCUCCUUGACCCCGAGCAGCCAAAGCUGCUCCCGCUGAUGACAAACCUUUUCCCGGGCAUGUCAGUGGAGGAGGUGCUGGGGAGCCAGACGGCCCAGCUGGCCAGGCUGCAGCUGGAGCAGGUGGUGGAGCACAGCCUGCGGGCCAGGCCCUCCCAAGACAUCAUGGGGCAGCUCAAGGAGCGGGAAUUAGAGCGCCGGAAAGCCCAGACCCUGCAGUUCUCGUGGAAGCUGGAGCAGCUUUCGCUUGAGGCCUCCAAGGAGCUGGAGGCCACUCGCCCGAGCCUGCGGGCAAAGCCAGAAGGCCCAGAGAAAGAGGCCAAGGCCCCUGCCCAUGAGGAGAAAGAGGUGAAGCUGGAGCCGGCCCCCAGCACGGGGAGGUCCCUGACCGACAGCUACAUCAGCCAGACCUCUUCAGGCUCCACCAGGGGCUUCAGGACCACAUCCCCCUCAGAGACGGAGACAUCCACGCUCAGCUGGGAAUACAGGAGUACUUCAACCACUGCUGGGACCUCCUCUACCUCCUCGCUGCUAAGGACACAGGCCUCAGACUCGGAGGGCAACGGGGAAGACCUAAGCCUUAGCCGUAGCCCCAGAAAACCCCAGGCAUCCCAGAGCCAGAGCCAGGGCCAGAGGCCCAGCAGUAGUGAGACUGCCCUGGUCCAGAGCAAAAGGCCCAGCAUGACUGAGGCCGCCCAGGGCCAGAGAGAAAGGCCCAGCACGACUGAGGCCACCCAGGGCCAGAGCCAGAAGUCCAGCAGUAGUGAGGCUGCCCAGGUCCAGAGCCAGAGGUCCAGCAAGACUGAGACCCCCCAGAACCAGAGGCCCAGUGGGACCGAGGCUGCCCAGGGCCCAAGGCAAAAGCUCACAAAGACUAAGGCCACCCAGGGCUCAAGACAGAGGUUCAGAAAGGCCAAAGGUCCCCAUGGCUGGAGCUGGGGACUCAGAAAGGCUGACCAGAGCUGGCGAUUGAUCCAGAGUCCCAGGAAGGCCUUCUAUGACGCACACUGGAGCCUCUGCGACUCCGAGGCCACCCAGGGCCAGGGCCAGGGCCAGAGGCCCAGCACGUCCAAGGCUGCCCAGAAUGAGAGCCGGAGCACAAGCUCAGGUUCCAGCAAGACUGAGGUCACAUGGGGACUGAUCCCAAGUCUCAGCAACAGUCAGACCGCUCGGGGCCUGAGACAGGACCCCGGCCCCGGCAGUUACUGAAGGGGCCGUUCGGCCCCCCUCACUUCUUGCUGGGGAUGUGAGGGGGUCUACCCCGCCCCAACCGGCACUCAGGCAACCCCCUCCCGAGCAGUGAGAAUCUUAGCCGACUUUCCUCUGGUCCCAGGGCUAAGUUUAUUGUAUCGGUUCCCUUCUUUUACAAAAUGAAAAACUUGAAAAGCCCAGGCC